AUGGAUCGAGUUUUGUUGAAAUACAUUUUUGAUGAACUCUGCACGAGUUUCAACAAAAAGGAAAGAACCUCUUAUAGUAAAAAAAAAGAGGACAGUGAUAAUAACAGUCAGAAUCAAGUUGACUACUGCAUAACGCUGCAGGAGUUAUUCGAAAAUUUGGAGAGAAAUAAAAACGUACCCAUGGAUGUGCACAUGAAGAGAGAAGUAGUGCGUCUUUUGUACUACUGCAAUGAUGUAAGCAUAUCACAACAGGGGAAGAAGGUACCCACGCCUGGGGAACCUGACAAUCCGCGGGUAGACAAUUGUAGAGUCCACCUAGAUCAAUACAACAACAAUAUUGAAUUUCCCCCGGAAGAAGACCCAAAUGUCAUCCUAAAUACAGCCACUCAGUUUAGCCUCUACAUAAACAACAUCUACAUAUACAACAAGCACAAUCUGUUUUACUACGAAAGAAUUAAAGAGUGUAAAGAGAAAAUAUUGAUCCUCCUGUACAUCAUUUCUGGCAAGUAUAACGGACUCAUUCAAAGCUCUCUGGCCAAAUACCUCAACAUGGAUGUCAAGAUGGUGCACUACCACCUAAAAGUUUUAUUCCAGUAUUUACUAAUAAAAAAAAUAAGCAUCAACAUAAACAAUUUGGAGAAAACCCUAGAUUAUAGCAACCACAACACCCACACUAGCAGCAGCAACAAUACCAUAAAGUUAAACCCCUCCUACAUCCUUUACUUUAACAUUUAUUUUAUAUACAAUUUGCUCCCCAUAUUUAUAAAGAACUUGCUAUACUCUCAGAAUGUCCUUUCGAUAAAUAAAAUUAUUUUGCACCUCCUAAACAAGUUUAUUAUAAUACCACAGAAAAUUCUAUCCCUCAUAUUUUUCAAACUGCUAAUUGUGUACAACCCGUACUAUUAUAUACAAAUUAAAAAGGCGCUGAAGAUAUUCAACUCUAUUUUGUCCCACCUAAUUUGCAAAAAAAAAAUAAUAAUGUGCAAAAUUAAAAUCCACUCAUCGUACGAAAAUUGCUAUUUAAAUUAUGAAAAUAAAGAUAAAAUAAAUUACGACAAUAUAAUUAACUUUCUCAUUUUGUUUUACUACAACUAUGAUUACCUCAUCAAAUUUAUAAACAAAUCUUGCUACUUGAUGUGCGAAGAUUAUGUCCAGAAAAUUGAAUUCAAAAAUGAGUUCUUCGGGAGUAACGUUACCAAAGCGAAUGCGUGGGACCAACUGGGGAUACACCUAAAAAGGGGGAACACCUCCACCCAGUCGGCACAGCACCUCCCUGCGAAGAGUGACCUUCAUGGGACGUCCAACAGCUCGGAAGGUUACACCAUACGGAGAACGGCAUGCCUCCCAACAAACCAAAGUGCACCAAAUGGAGAUUCAACCUCCAUGAGCCACUUCCCCACGCGGGUCUAUCCAAACGAAAGUACCGUGGACGCGCCACAAACCAGAGACAGCACCUUGGGGGACGAAGAAAACAUCUUCGUGAAUGAAAAAAACAGCAAUUUGCAAAUAAACGAGUUUAAAAGCUACAUGGAUUUAAACAUCCACCAUAGACUUAACGACACGGAUUAUUACUCCAGCUCGCAUAACGGGAAAGAAGAAUCAAGCGAUUCGGAAUUUUCCUUUCUCUAUGGAAAUAAAAAAGAUGAGGAUUUGCCGAAGCAAACCGAAGAAAUUAACAAAACGAUUGAAGAUGGAAACAAUAAAUCGUCCUCCUCACAAUCGUCUGCCUCUUCCACAGACAGCGAUUCGGAUAACAACACCUACACCAACCACUCUGUUAAGAAUAAGAAUUUACUCUUGAACCACCUCUCACUAUAUAACAAAAUUAAGUACCUAAUUAUGAGCAAAGGGAUAAAGGGAAUGACAACCAAGGAAAUAUCACAGGUACUCCUCAUGUCCAUUAAAAAAACGAACACCUUCCUUAGCAAGCUGGUUCGAAAUAAGGAAGUUGUAAAAAUUCCAGAAAGGAAGGACAAAAGCUUUAUGUACCGAUUUAUUGACAAUUACAUUUACCAAUAUGUGCAGAAAAAGCCGCAAGCCCUUGCCUACAAGGGUAAUCAAACGUUGCAAGGUGUAGUAAAAAAUGACGAAGCAGUUCCGGGGGGGGAAAAAAUGAUAGAUGAUUUAUCCUUAAAAGGGAACAGAAAAUUUCCUAAAAUUGACCAAAUGGUGAACGCCUCACUAGACCAAAACAGAAGUGCCCUCCCGAUGGAUGACCACACUGUAUGUAUCCACCAAUCGAUCGAAAAAUUAAACAAUAACAACGUCACACAAGAAAAUUUUAGUCACAUACAAUUUAACAAAUUAAACGAGUCCUUAAAUGUGUUAAACUAUAUAAACACCGUGAACGAAAUAGACAUAAACGUGCUGACCUACAUCAUACCGAAGAAGGAGAACUCAGUGGACAAUUUCGGAAACUAUAAAGAUUUUUUUGACCAUUAUGUGAAGAACUUCAAAACUUUUGAAGAUAAGUAUGAUUUAUACACGUGCAGUUUUCAUUUCUUUUACUACUUAAAAUUUGUUCUUCAACGGAACAUCAGUAAUUCCACCCCAAAAUGCAACAGUGCAAAGGGGAGGAAGCAGAAGAGUCAAGGUAUCACUGCAAAUGAAUCGGCAAAGGAUGAAAUGUGCGCAAUGGGAGAAACAACCUUGAAUAAGGUAGACUCAUCCGAAAAAGACAUCAAUUUUAUUAAAUACUUCAUGGAAGAUACGACCAAGUUAAAAAGUAACCUCUUUAUUAAGAGGCUGUUCAUUUUUUGCCACUUUUUGCUAAGUUCCAAGGUGACUACAUUUCGGUAUCUCCAAGAUUUAUUUAUCACCAUAGAAAACAAUGGAAGGACGAUUGACAGAAAAUCCGUUCAAAGGCUUUUUAAUUACUCCACCAAAAUUAAUGCCUUUUUUAAAAAAUACACCCUUCUUAACAGCAAAACGGUUAAGUACUACUUCUACGAUUCGAAUGUAUUGUCUGAAAAGCAAUCCAACGAUUUGUAUGCAAAAAUUCAACAGGACUAUGCCAUUUCGUCGUACAAGCACGCCAACCCUAAUGAUAAAACGAACAAGGAGAAAACAGAAUAUUAUAACAUAUCCAGUGGUAACGUUAUUAGUAAAAAGUUUAAAUACACCGUUAAUAUUUUCAACGAGAAAGCGAAAAGUGCUACAGAUUCUACGCAGCAGGGGGGCGUCCCCACGAAGGAUGAUCCCGACUUGACGGCACAGGUGUAUAGUAACGAGGUCGAUCCUGCUUAUUUUUCCUCCAACCGGGAAAAGUCAAUGCAAGAUGAUUUCAUCGAUCUGACGAAGUAUCCUGAAAAUGGUCACCAGGGGGGAGUGACAUCGAACAAUUUUUCAGCUACAUGUGAAGACCCCAAUAUGUGGCACACCACACUCUGCAAUGGAGAAGCGAAUAUAAGUGCCCCCAAUAAUAACCUCCAUGGGACAAAAGGUAUAUAUGACCAAACGUGUUCUAGCCUGUCCGCCUCAAUUCCGAAUAGCACCAUGAUAAAUUCAUUCGCAUCUGUGGAAGUAGCGAACCGAAGCAGCAAACGAAAAAUGGACACACCUUCAACGCAAUCGAUUCAUAAAAGAGGAAAAAUGGAUCAGUCGCACCAAAUAUGUCAGAUUGCAAACAAACAACCUAGUGGCGAAAAUGGGGAAGUAAUUCCCUACCACUUCAAUAAAAGUGGCAUAAAUUACACACUGAAUGAUACAAACGAGAUUUCCAGAGGGGGACAGCCCAUAGGAGAAGCACAAGAUAACAAAACCUGUAAACAACUCAGUCGCAACAACAACGCUGCCAUAAGUUUAAACAAAAAAGGAAUGGCCAGCAACGUGCUCUAUAUUGACAUUCUAAACGAAUCAGCCUUUAAGUGUAAGGAAAAUCAAAUUAUUAGCAAAAAAAUAAAAACCAGCAAUGUUUUUCAAAAUUUUAAAACCACCCAGGAAUUCUCCUACAGCAUAAACUACUUCAACGGGUACAUCUUUUCAAAAAUGACCAGAUAUAAAUAUUUCCAUAAAUGCUUAAUAAGGAUAUUAAAGAGGAAAAGGAAAAGGGCAAUAAAAACGCACACUGCAGAAAAGGCAAACGAUUGUAACGCACAGGCUGUACUAACUCCAAAUCCGGAUAACCCAAAAAAGAGGAAAUUAUCAUAUAUACAAAAAAUGAAAAGGAAAUCUUCCCUUAAAAGGGUCCAUAAAGUAGCCUCCAAACGAAGCAGCAACACACUAACCGUGAAGGACAUUUUGAAAAAUCUCUACCUAGACGAAUACCUAAAAAUCAUCAGCGUGGGAUGCAAACUCAAUUAUAUCGAAAAUUAUCUCCUACGUGAAAAACGAAAAAAGAGAAUGAAAGAUUUACCCCCAAUUUUGUUCGAAUUUUUGACGUCCUAUUCUUCACUAAAUUGUAACAAGCAGCGCAUGAUCGAAAGUUUUCUCCAAAAAAAGAAUGAUCAUUCGCAUUUCCUCAAUUCACCAAUCAGCACAUUCGAAACAAAGGGAAAAACAUCGACCCAUAUGACAUCCCCACCCCUAUACACAACCGAGGCGGAAACACCCACACAGAGUACCACUACGCAUGGAGUACAGAAAAACACGCCAUCCAGGGAUAAGCCAGAUGAAAAAAUAAACAGUGACCAUUUGUGCCAAGACGACAUCAACGUUAUCAAAAGCAAUGACAAAAUAUGCGUGUUCUUUUUCCUCUACAGAAAGCUAAAAUUUCUGUGUAACAUGAAUUUAGUAAAACUCAAAUUUAAAGACAUGAAUAAAAAUCUUCCUCACAAAUGGAAACCGAGCGUUGGUUCACAUCCAAAAAGUAGGGAACUUAAUUUAUCCUUCGUAGAUUUAAAAAAAAACAAUUUGCAAAUUCUUAUCAAGCAAAACGUUAGCAUUCAUUUGUUCGCGUCCAAAAAGGGUAAAAAGAAAUUGCGCAUCUACAACAUGCUUCGCUACAACCACUUCGAAGAAUACUACUACAACGUAUAUCUGCUCGUUGAACGAUUCAAGAAAUUCCUCGUAGAUGGACACCUGCAAAAAAACGCGAGCGAAAAACUGACCCUGCAAGACAUUCUCAAGAGCUCCAAAAUUAGAAACAAAGGACUGAAGUUUCUCCUGCUGCACAAUGCAUACACCAACCAAUUAUUCCUAACGAGGAAACUCAGAAAUCUUUUCAUAAGCUUAGUUAAAAAAGUGAAAAAAAAAAAUAUUUCAAAUUCUAAGCUAGCCGAAAAUUUAACAACCUACAGGGAAUACAACACAUUUAGGGAAUCAUAUAACGUGUCUAGAGUUAAUAUUGAAAAAUACUUUUCCAUCUUUUACGAUUGGUACAGUAAAGAAAAAAAUGGGGGUGCAACCAUGACACAGAGGGACCUGUCCUUUUCAUGCCCCUUCUGCAACAACGUAUAUUUUUUUAAAAACGAUUUGCUCAGCCACAUAUCCAAUGUGCAUAAUGUGAACAGGAAUUUUUCAGACCUCAUUUCCUUCUUUUCAAAUUCGAAGCAAAUGAUACAUAAGAAGCUGAGCGAUUUUUUGAAGAUCAAAAAUAGAGUCAAAGGAAACUCUAGCGUCUUCUCGCCCAACAAUUUUGACAACCAUUUGAAUAUCCUCAAUCUGGCCACCGCACCUAGGGGGAAGAAUACCAUAGGGAUAGGUGAAUCCAACCCUCUGCGUUAUAUUGAUCAAACCGCCAAAAUGUGCAAAACCCAAAUUGCAGCCCCCCGCGAUGCAUUUAAAGAACAGUUGGAGAAGGGGCCACAAAUGAAUCACCAAAGGGGAGCAGUCAAUUCGUCUGAAGAGAUUAAGCUGCUGCACCAAGAAUCUGCGCACAUGAAGAGAGAACAUACAGAAAUUAUUGCUAAGCGAGAUAAGGCCGACGCUACACACUGUGGGAAGCCUACCAAUCUUCCCCUAAGCAGCUGUAAAAAGGGGAACUCCAAAAAUUUAAACAAUUUCAUAGAAAAUGUGAAGGUAAAAUAUUCCCUGCGAAUAGUCUACAUUUAUUUCGUAACUGUAAUUGUGAAGCUAGCCAUGUCACAGAUAUAUUUGGAAAAAGAGAAAAAAAAAAAGGAACGUCAAAAUGGAGAAAAUUAUUCCCCAUCCGGGUGGACAUUAUCGAUCAAAGAUAAUGACGAAAUGGAUAGGAACAUCCCAGGUGAUAUUUCAAACGAAGGAGGAGGAGUAACCGGGGCAUCCUCCUCAAACGAAAAAAAGAAAUUCCACGCGAAGAACAAAUAUUCGAAGGAGCGAAGGAAAAAAGGGCGACUGCGCAGUACCAUCACCACAACACACCCAAGUCCUUACCAUAAAAAGAACGAAUUGAAACGCCGUAACAAGCAAAGAGUGGCACUAGUACACUCCCCUUCGGAAAUGCCUGACCAUCCCAACAAUUUUGCCUCCAUGCAGCUGAGAAAAUUCCACGUAAUAUACCAUCUAAAAAAUAGGACGAACUCCCAACCGUACAGGAAGAGCAUAUGGAUUAAGGCAAACAAUAUGAUGAUCGGAAAAUUCAAACAAAACGUUUGCAUGUAUAUCCAGAAAAGGCUAUUUCUCUAUUUCAAGAAGAACAUUGUUCACUAUUUUUUCAUUUUGUCGAAUGAAAAUUUGGCUAGGUGUAUUCUGAACUACUUUGAAACGCACAUAUACAACUCUACCUACAGCAACAUCAAUUAUUACUACGAUAAGUACAUAAAAAAUAUUUUCCACUUUAAAUUUAUUUCGCUUGUAAAUUUGUUAAAAAUUUUUAUAAUAAAUUAUGGGGAUCAGUACGCACUGUACAGGGAAAUUACAAAACCCUUGUAUUUUCAAAAAAUGAAGGACAUAAAAAAUGCCCUCAGAUUUAUAAAAAAAAGAAAUUACCUCGUGGAUACAUCCUACGUCUUAUCAUACUACAUUGCCAAUGACCUUGUGUGCGACAAUGUGUAUUCUUACCAUAUUUAUAAAUCCAUUUUUUACAAGAAGAAAUUAUCUCUAUUUUUGAAGAAAUGUUUCCUGGACAAUGUUGUGGAUAUUAUGUACCUGUAUGGGGUUUACCACUCUAAAAAAAGUUCGCAGUAUGUCCAAGCAGGUUCAUUGCACAGAAGGGAGAACAUCCUAAACUGUCAGUUAGGGGAGUUACUCUGCCACAUCGAUGCGGUGUAUGACGAUGAAGAUGGUAUAAAAGAGGGGGGAGCGCAUUUUCAGAAUUUUCCGAGUAGUUCCACGCUGCAGAACGGUUACAAACAUGGCACGUUCAACGAUCAGUCGAAUGUAUACCCCUUGCUAAACAAUUUGAGCAGCCAUACUAAUAAUUACAGGGAAUGCCCGGUCCCUUCCCACGACACGUACCACGUCAUGCAAAAUGAUAACUUCACGAACGCAAGUUCUAAUGGAGAAUGCACGAAGCACUACUUCCAGAAGAACCUAACAAUUUUCGACUUAAACUAUUAUGUGCAUAAAUUCCUCAAAGGGGAAAUGAUCCUGUACGCGUGUAAUAACUACAUACUGGGAGAUGAGGACGCCCACACUGGACAUGACCCCAUCGGAGGGAACCAAUACGGGGAAGGUGAUCCCUACGAUUUUGAAAACUUCGAGGAGGAUCACUACGAUGAUGAUCAAUAUGCGGAUGAUCCCUAUGGGGACGAUUCCUACCCCGAAGAGGGCGACUCCUCUCAGCAUGGUUACCAACUGAGCUACACGGAAAAGGAUACCCACCCACAAGGAAGUAAAAAAAAAUACAGACGGAAAAGCUACGCACAAAAGUCAAAACGGACCAGAAAAAAAAGAACGAGCAAUUCCUCCUCUCACAGUUAUGGAAGCAAAAGGGGAAACAAAACAAACGUUGUGGACUACCCAAGCGGAUAUUACAAAGAGGAAGAAAAAGCCAUGAGUUACUUGUCAUCCAGUGCCAACAACUCAGAUAUAUUUGACAACCUUUCUGAUGAUUUCGAAAUUAUCAAACUUCUGGAAAAUGCAAAUGAUGGAAAAAAGAAAGUCCUCGGAGGAAUAACCAAGCAUAUAAAAUGUCUAACGAAACACGUUAGUGAGUACUUUCCCAAUUAUUAUAUUCUAAACGAUUGUGAGAAGAAAAAAAUAGAAAAAAGAUUGUCCCAAAUUUUCUCCAACGGUAAAGAUAAAAAUUGUUCCAAACUGAAUAACUCUCUUCGGCAGUUAUACUACCACACCGAUCAGCAAAACAACAGUCUCUUUACUUAUUUUAAAAAAUAUUGCUUACACAUAUACGAGAAUCUCAUCAGAGGUGCGGUCCCAACUGGGUCGUUUAAAAAUGCGCUCCUCCUAAACAUUAAUGACACGAAUAGCGUUAACUUUGCAAAACUUUUCGCUAAAUAUGUACAACAAAAUAACUUUCACAAUAACGUUAUUUAUAGUAAGAACAAAGUACUAAUUUAUAAUGUUAGCAAAAAAUCCUUCAUCGAUUUUGACUGCUAUCCUCAGAAUAUACACCUAUAUAACAUUGCCUACAUUUCGAAUGCCCCCAAGAAAGUCGACUCUUUCCUGGAUAUCCAAGUAACCAACCUGAAGAAUAGCGUUUAUUGGCUCGAAAGAGACACCCAUAAAGGGGGCAACCUGGGGAGCAAAAAAAGAAGUGCCCAUUCUGUUUCGCUUAUGACAAAGAAAAGACAGCCAUUUCAACAGAUGAACAUGCAGAAAGAGUCAGAAAUUACACCCACGGGGGGCUACCCUAAGCAGGGAACGGAAACAAACGCACAAUCACCUCACCGCCAUAACGCACGCAAAAACCCUUUUGUAAAAAAAGUGAAGGUUAAAAAAGGAAAAGAAAAAAAGAUGAACACUUUUAAGGAGUCAUUCACCUUCGUUACGCAAAUUUUAUAUCACGUUUUCUACCUGAGCGAUAUGCUAAAAUCAUACGAGGAGUGUGCAAACUGUGAGAGUGACACAUCCGAAAAAAAACAAAGGAAAAAUGCUCCAUCUGGAAAGUUGAACGAGAUGUACAGAGGCCUCGAAAACUAUAAAGCUAUGCAUCAUAGCGUAAUAGGGGACUGUCCUGCCAUCUGUGAAGAUAGUGCAAAACAUGGGAGUGAUAACCCAAAUGGGGAACUUGAAGAAGCGGACCAGGAGGAAGGUCCACUUGAUGACCUGCCUAGCGAACUGCCAAUCGAACUUCCAUCCGAAUUGGCAAACAACAGCAACGAAGAGUAUUACAACCUGAACAAGUUCAAGGUGAACGAACUGGAAGCUAUAAGAAUUGUGGGGCGACUUAACAGCCAAAAAGAGAAGAAACGCAACACUGCACAUACUGUGGCUGCCCACAUGGAGACCCCCAGUACGGACAAAACAAACACCCAAAAGAGCUCCUCCCUGUUCAACAAAAUAAUUCGCAAAAUGAUAUUCAUCCUUUUGUCUGUUAAGAAGAAAAAAAAAGAAGGACGUUUUAUGGAUAGUUUAAAAAAAAUGUAUUUACAAGAAUUUUUAAAAGAUACAACUUAUAGGAAGUAUACACAAGUAAAAAAGGAAUAUGAUUUUAUUCUUUUCCUCCUACACAAAUUAAACCUUAUAAAUAUAUUCCCCCUCAUGAAUACGCAUAAGAUAUUUUUACCGCAAUAUCAUAGCGAGAAUAAUGCGUGCAAAAGGAAAAAUGUGUUUUAUGAGCAUAAUUUGAAGUACCCCUUUUUGAAUAUGAUAAAUUUUCACUUGGCUAAUUUUAAAAUGGAGUUUAAGAAGAGCACAGAGAGUAACACGCAUAUGUUCGAGAGGUUCCUAUUGCAGAGGGAAAUACUCCCAAAGGGGACACUGCUAAACCGCCAAAAGAAAGACACAAACGCCGCCGACCAAAAAUACAUGAGCAAGAAAAACGUUGAAGAAAAAGUCAUUUAUAAGGAGAAAAAACUAGUCUAUACUGAUUACAUAUACAUAAAUUACACAAAUAACAACACGCUCAGGAAACCGAAUUUCAUUCCAAGACUAAUUCUGUUGUUCAACCUCCCAUGCUACAUCAUCAUUCAUGAUUAUUUUUUCCUCUACCUGUUGGAAUAUUUUUGUAAAAUUAAAGAAACCCUUGAGGAAGAAACGCAAAGCGGAUUUAAAGAGAAUCAUAUUUAUCGCACCAAACUGGGAGAUAAACUGCUGUACCUUAUGGAAAAUAAAUCUUACCCCCGCGUUAUAAGAUAUAUAAAAAGGAUUAUUAACAAGGCGUGUAAAUAUUUUGAGUAUAUGCUCUUCUCAUAUAAACGGAAAAAUGAUUCCCCAGUUUGCAAAACCGUUACACUUUACUACUUUAAUGAUGACUACGUAAAUGUAAAUAACUUUACUUACAUGAAUGGAAGCACCAACGUCAAAUUUAUUUUUUUUUAUAUUUUAAAAGUGUUCUUUUAUCUCAAGGCAAAUCCGUUUUCCUCCAUCUUUGACGUAAGGAAAGAGCGAAACGGGGAACUGGACACAUUUCAGGGGGGUAUAUACAAGAGUAUCGAAGUUCUGAACUUCUGCGACCUUAACUUCCUCCUAAGAGGCAUGUGCCAAGACAACUUCAUUUCUUUCAAACUCAUGUACAUAUCGAAGAGAAGCGAAAUGUACAAGCUAAAGAAAAAUUACAAAAUUGUUAACCACUUCAACAAUUUGGUACUAAACGAAAAAAAUAAGAAGAAAAAAAAUAGAGCAUCCUUAGCCCCCCCAGGGAAGAAAAAGAGCUGCUACAUAUUUGGUAAUAGCACAAGCUCCGGUGAGGAAGAUUCACAUGAUGAUGACAUUUUGAAGAAAGGAAAACCAAGAAAAAAAAGAACAGACAAAGUAAACAGCACGAAUUUUUCAAGUUGGACAAAACAUGAAUGGACAAGCAGCACCGAGGAUGACAACUUCACUCUCAAAAGCGAACGAUACUAUGCCCCUUCCAAUUACAACGCAUUUCUUGAAAAAAUGAUGUACAAAAAGGUGAAACUUUAUUACGUGGCCGAUGAGGAGGUCAUUUUUGAAAAAUACGCCGGUACUUUAUGGGGCUGA